AUGGUUAACUUCACCAUUGAGGAGAUCCGUACUCUGAUGGACAGACGGGCUAACAUCCGUAACAUGUCCGUCAUUGCUCACGUCGAUCACGGAAAGUCCACCCUCUCCGACUCCCUGGUCCAGCGCGCCGGUAUUAUCUCCGCCGCUAAGGCCGGUGAGGCCCGUUUCAUGGACACGCGUCCCGAUGAGCAGGAUCGUUGCAUUACCAUCAAGUCCACUGCCAUCUCUCUCUACGCCAAGUUCCCCGAUCCCGAGGACCUGAAGGAGAUCCCCCAGGCCGUUGAUGGCUCCGAGUUCCUGAUCAACUUGAUCGAUUCCCCUGGUCACGUUGACUUCUCGUCCGAGGUCACUGCUGCCCUCCGUGUCACUGACGGUGCUCUUGUCGUCGUCGACUGUGUCUCCGGUGUCUGUGUCCAGACCGAGACUGUCCUGCGUCAGGCCCUGACCGAGCGCAUCAAGCCCGUUCUGUGUAUCAACAAGGUUGACCGUGCUCUUCUCGAGCUCCAGGUCUCCAAGGAGGAUCUCUACCAGUCCUUCUCCCGUACCAUCGAGUCCGUUAACGUCAUCAUCUCCACCUACUUCGACAAGGCUCUCGGUGACGUUCAGGUUUACCCCGACAGAGGUACUAUUGCCUUCGGUUCCGGUCUCCACGGCUGGUGCUUCACUGUCCGCCAGUUCGCCGUCAAGUACGCCAAGAAGUUCGGUGUUGACCGCAAGAAGAUGCUUGAGCGUCUGUGGGGCGACAACUACUUCAACCCCAAGACCAAGAAGUGGUCCAACAAGGGUGAGGCCGAUGGCAAGCCCCUUGAGCGUGCCUUCAACCAGUUCAUUCUGGACCCCAUCUUCAAGAUCUUCUCCGCUGUCAACCACAACAAGCGUGAUGAGAUUACCACUCUUCUUGAGAAGCUCGAGAUCACCCUCACUUCUGAGGAGAAGGACCUUGAGGGUAAGGCUCUCCUCAAGCUCGUCAUGCGCAAGUUCCUGCCCGCUGCCGAUGCCCUUCUGGAGAUGAUCUGUAUCCACCUGCCUUCCCCCGUCACUGCCCAGAAGUACCGUGCUGAGACUCUGUACGAGGGUCCCGCUGACGACACCGCCUACUGCGGUAUCCGUGACUGUGACCCCAAGGCUCCUCUCAUGCUGUACGUCUCCAAGAUGGUUCCCACCUCCGACAAGGGUCGUUUCUACGCCUUCGGUCGUGUCUACGCCGGUACCGUCAAGUCCGGUGUUAAGGUCCGCAUCCAGGGUCCUAACUACACCCCCGGAAAGAAGGAGGAUUUGUACAUCAAGGCUAUCCAGCGUACCAUUCUCAUGAUGGGUCGCUUCGUUGAGCCCAUUGAGGAUGUCCCCGCCGGUAACAUUGUCGGUCUGGUCGGUGUCGAUCAGUUCCUGCUCAAGUCUGGUACCCUGACCACCGAUGAGACUGCCCACAACAUGAAGGUCAUGAAGUUCUCCGUCUCCCCCGUUGUGCAGCGCUCCGUCGAGGUCAAGAACGCCCAGGAUCUGCCCAAGCUCGUUGAGGGUCUCAAGCGUCUGUCCAAGUCCGACCCCUGUGUUCUGACCAUGAUCAACGAGUCUGGUGAGCACGUCGUCGCUGGUGCUGGUGAGCUCCACCUCGAGAUUUGUCUUAAGGAUCUCGAGGAGGACCACGCUGGUGUUCCCCUCCGCAUCUCCGACCCCGUCGUCUCCUACCGUGAGACUCACAACCGUCUGUACAUGACUGCUGAGCCCAUUGAUGAGGAGGUUUCCCUCGCCAUCGAGUCCGGCAAGAUCUCCCCCAAGGACGAUUUCAAGGCCCGUGCCCGUGUCAUGGCUGAUGAGUACGGCUGGGAUGUCACCGAUGCCCGUAAGAUUUGGUGCUUCGGUCCCGACACCACCGGUGCCAACUUGCUGGUUGACCAGACCAAGGCCGUUCAGUACCUGAACGAAAUCAAGGAUUCCGUCGUCUCCGGUUUCCAGUGGGCCACCCGUGAGGGUCCCGUUGCUGAGGAGCCCAUGCGUUCCGUCCGCUGGAACAUCCUCGAUGUUACCCUCCACGCUGAUGCCAUUCACCGUGGUGGUGGCCAGCUUAUCCCCACUGCCCGCCGUGUCCUGUACGCCGCUGCCAUGCUAGCUGACCCCGGUCUUCUCGAGCCCAUCUUCAAUGUCGAGAUCCAGGUCCCCGAGCAGGCUAUGGGUGGUAUCUACGGUGUCCUUACCCGCCGCCGUGGUCACGUCUACGCCGAGGAGCAGCGCCCCGGAACUCCUCUGUUCAACAUCAAGGCUUACCUGCCCGUCAACGAGUCCUUCGGUUUCCCCGCCGAUCUUCGCUCCGCCACUGGUGGCCAGGCCUUCCCCCAGUCCGUGUUCGAUCACUGGGCUAUCGUCCCUGGUGGCUCCCCUCUGGACCCCACCACCAAGCCCGGCCAGAUCAUCACCGAGAUGCGCAAGCGCAAGGGUCUCAAGGAGGUCGUUCCCGGCUACGAGAACUACUACGACCGACUGUAAAAAUGUCACGGCCGGCCAGAUUUCUCUUCUGCCAGUCAAAUGGAAUCUUUUUUUAUGAGAUUGAUGAAUUCAAUACAACUUCGCGGUUCAACCAAAAUUAUACUCCCGUAUCGAUACGGACUUGCUCCAGCUAUUGCCAACUCUAGAUA